AUGCUUCCAAGCUCUCUGAAGAAAGCCGCCCAGCAAAUUCUCACACAUCCCCCCUAUUAUCUCCAGCUGCGCGCAUCGAAAAUCUUCAUCCUUAGCCUGUUCGUCUGGCUCCUAAUAUUCUACUAUUGCCGAAUCAGCCUCUGGCGUGAUCCACACUCUGCCUUCUUCCAAGAUCGCCAUGUCUACGAACUGGAUUACAGCCUCCAUCGUGAGCGUGAAGCCUGGCAUUUUAUCUCGCAGCACAACUCGGCCAUCGAUCCACCAGACUACGUGAAGAGUGGAGGCACACCUACUGCUUGUAUUGCCAUGGUCACCGUUCGACGAGACUCGGACCAUUAUUUCGAAGCAUCUGUUGGCUCGAUGUUGGAGGGAUUGGAUGAAAGAGAGCGGCAAGCAUUGUACCUCAGUAUCCUGUUUGCCGAUACAGACCCGAGAGUGCAUCCUAGUUGGGAUCAGAAAUGGGUGGGCAGGCUCGUGGAUUCAGCGGAUACUUAUAAUGUGUCGGAAGAGCAAUUGCAGCACUUGCAGGAUCUGGAGAGGGAUAAGAACUUUUAUGAGAAGGGGGUCUUGUGA